GAAUUGAAUAUGGAAAUUGUGAAUAAAAGAGAAAAUUAAGACAGAGGUGAAAAUGGGUCCCACAAAGUGAUGUACCUGCUGGCUGACAGACUGGUUCUUCCCAUAUCAUCAUCAUCAUAAUCUCUUAUACAUAAAACACAACAAUCCUAUUGUCUCCAAUUCCAAACAAACCAAUCUCACUCUUUCUUUUUUUCUCUCUAUCAUCAUACCCUACCACACCACAACACACACCCCCCUUUACUCUCUCUCAAUUCAAUACCCUAAUUCUCUCUAAUGGCUGAGGAACCUCAAAAACCAACUGAACAAGUGGCUACAACACCAGCCACAUCUGAAACUACCAUUGAAAAGACGCCGCCACCACAGGCUGAAGAAGUUGUAGCCGCCGCCGCCGACGCUGACGCCGUUGUUGUUCCUCCUGUUGUUGCUGAAGAGACAGAGAAGCCGGCUGAGGAUGUUAAACCUGCUGAUGAGACUGCCGCUGCUACCGAUAAGAAGAUUUUGCAGUCGGUUUCUUUUAAGGAAGAAACUAACGUGGUUUCUGAAUUACCUGAAUCUCAGAAAAAAGCACUUGAUGAACUUAAACAGCUUAUUCAAGAAGCGCUUAAUAAACAUGAGUUUACUGCUCCUCCACCGCCGCCGCCAACUAAAGCUGUUGCUGAAGUAGCCGAGGAGAAAAAACCUGAAGAAGAAAAGAAAACUGAAGACGUAGUUGCUGAAGAGAAAAAGGUUGAAGAAGUAGUUGCUGAAGAGAAAAAGGUUGAAGAAGCAGUUGCUGAAGAGAAAAAGGUUGAAGAAGCAGUUGCUGAAGAGAAAAAGGUUGAAGAAGUUGAAAAGAAGGAAGAAGAAAAAGGUUCAAGUUCUGAGGAACCUAAAACCGAAGCUAAAAUUGAAGCCGAACCUGAAGCGAAGAAAGAGGAGAGUGUCUUAGAGGUUGUUGAGAAAAUAGCGACAAGUACCGAAGAAGACGGUGCAAAAACGGUUGAAGCUAUUCAAGAAAGUAUAGUAUCCGUUACGGUUACUGACGGUGAACAACCUGUAACUGAAACUGUUGGUGAAGCUGUUGCUGUUGCUGAGGUGGAAGUUACUCCUACUACACCAGAAGAAGUUGAAAUAUGGGGAAUUCCGUUACUAGCUGAUGAAAGAAGCGAUGUGAUUCUUUUGAAAUUCCUCAGAGCUAGGGAUUUUAAGGUCAAAGAAGCUUACACAAUGAUCAAACAAACAGUGAUUUGGCGAAAGGAAUUCGGAAUUGAAGCACUUCUUCAAGAAGAUCUUGGAACUGAUUGGGACAAAGUUGUUUUCACUGAUGGUUAUGACAAAGAAGGUCACCCUGUUUAUUACAAUGUUUUUGGUGAGUUUGAGAACAAAGAAUUGUAUCAAAACACUUUCUCCGAUGAUGAGAAGAGAACCAAGUUUAUUCGUUGGAGGAUUCAGUCUUUGGAGAAAAGCAUUAGAAAACUCGACUUCACUCCAUCUGGUAUCUCUACUAUUGUUCAAGUUAAUGAUCUUAAGAAUUCUCCUGGACUUGGUAAGAAGGAGCUUAGACAAGCUACUAACAAGGCUCUUCAAUUGCUUCAAGACAAUUAUCCUGAAUUUGUAGCCAAACAGGUUUUUAUCAAUGUUCCUUGGUGGUACCUUGCCUUUUCUAGGUUUUUAAGUGCUUUCUUGACACAGAGGACUAAGAGCAAAUUUGUAUUUGCUGGACCCUCCAAAUCUGCUGAUACCCUUUUCAAAUAUAUUGCUCCUGAGCAAGUGCCAGUUCAAUAUGGAGGACUGAGCCGAGAGGGUGAACAGGAAUUCACCACUGCUGACCCUGCUACAGAGGUUACUAUCAAACCAGCAACAAAACAUGCUGUUGAGUUCCCAAUUUCUGAGAAAAGCACUUUGGUUUGGGAAGUAAGAGUUGUGGAUUGGAGUGUGAACUAUGGAGCUGAAUUUGUGCCGAGUGCUGAAGACGGAUACACUGUGAUUAUCCAGAAGAACAGGAAAGUUGCUCCAGCUGAUGAAACAAUAAUUAGCAACACCUUCAAAAUUGGUGAACCUGGUAAGGUUAUACUCACCAUAGAUAACCAAUCAUCUAAGAAAAAGAAGCUCCUUUACAGGUCCAAGACCAUACCAAUCUCUGAGUAAAAAGACUUCAAGGAAAAAUGGUUGAAUUGAUAUUGAUAUGAAAAUGAUACCAAAGGUGAAGAAAAAUAAGGGUGUUUUGUAUUCAUUAAAAGGAUUAUAACAUUAUUGUGAAAGUUAUUGGGUGGGUGACUUAUAUUCUUUUAUAGGGGUAUUUUGUUCAUUUGGUUUGUAAAUUAUUUUGUUUCAAGUUUGGGCAAUUUUAUUUACAGUUAUUAUUAUUACUAUCUUAAAUAGUAAUGUGGUAUUUUCUUUAUUUUGUAUUGAAAUUGGAUGAAACCUUUUGCUGGAUGGGACACAAUUGGGUUCAUUAGUAAAAGAAAAGUUCAUUGUUUUUGUUA